AUGCAGCCAGGUCCGGUUCUUGGUGGACUGGCUGUGUUUCUCCUCACCGCUGGCAUGACGUCGGCUGUGAGUGCGCAGCGCGCUUCUCAAACACCAAUCGAGGUCGAUGGAACUUCAUUCGCUCUCAAUGGUGACAAUGUUUCGUACCAUUUUCAUGUUGACAGUACUACGGGAGACCUGAUUGGGGACCACUUUGGCGGACCAGUCGACGGCGAUACCAUUGAGAGUGAAGUUGGGCCUGUCCAGGGCUGGGUCAACACCAUCGGCCGCGUGCGGCGAGAACUGCCUGAUCUUGGCCGAGGCGACUUCCGAAUCCCCGCCGUUCAGAUUCGGCAAUCAGAGGGAUAUACCGUCAGUGAGUUCCAGUAUCAGGGGCACAAAGUCGUCGAUGGGAAACCUGCGCUCAACGGCCUGCCGUCUACAUUUGGGCAAGACGAGGAGGUUUCCACGCUCGUCGUACACCUCUAUGACAAGUACAGUUCCGUGUCAGCGGAUCUCAUUUAUUCCAUCUUCCCCAAACAUGACGCUAUUGUCCGCAGUGUCAAUGUCACGAAUGGCGGCAGCGGAAACAUCACCAUCGAGAGACUUGCAAGCUUCAGCGUCGACCUGCCGUGGGGCGACUAUGAUAUGCUCCAGCUCGGGGGGGAUUGGGCUCGAGAGGGCAUGAGGGUCCGCAGAAAGGUCGAUUUUGGGACUCAGGGCUUUGGAAGUACAACUGGAUACUCGUCUCACUUGCACAACCCGUUCCUCGCAGUCGUGUCUCGCACUACCACCGAGUCUCACGGAGAGGCGUAUGGAUUUUCUCUGGUCUACACUGGAUCCUUUGCCGCCGAGGUGGAAAAGAGCUCUCAAGGCCUUACGAGGGCCGUGCUUGGAUUCAAUCCGUCCCAGCUCGCAUGGCCACUUGGACCCGGCGAGUCGCUGCAGUCCCCCGAGUGCGUCGCCAUAUUCUCAAGCACUGGUAUCGGCGGCAUGUCACGCAGACUGCAUCAUCUCUAUCGCCAGCACUUGAUGAAAAGCAGAUAUGCUACCGAGACGCGCCCUGUCCUCCUCAAUAGCUGGGAGGGCCUCGGUUUCGACUACAAUGCCACCACGAUUUAUCAACUCGCACAGCAGAGUGCGGAGCUCGGAGCCAGGCUCUUCGUGAUGGAUGAUGGCUGGUUUGGCGUCAAGUACCCUCGCACAAGUGACGACGCUGGGCUAGGAGACUGGAAGGUCAACCCUCAACGAUUCCCUGAUGGGCUCAAGGCGUUGGCUGACGAGGUCACCAAUCUAUCUGUUGGUAAUUCGUCUGCAAAGCUCAAAUUCGGCCUGUGGUUUGAACCUGAAAUGGUGAACCCAAACUCGAGCCUGUAUGAGGAGCAUCCUGACUGGGCUCUUCACGCCGGCAAGUACCCUCGCACCUUGACGAGACACCAAUUGGUGCUUAAUGUCGCGUUGCCCGAGGUCCAGGAAUUUAUUAUCGACUCAGUAUCCAAUAUCCUCACCAGUUCCAACAUUGCGUAUGUGAAGUGGGACAGCAACCGCGGUAUGCACGAAACGCCGACACCAUAUGCCAACCAUCAAUAUAUGCUUGGGCUGUACAGGGUAUUUGACAGGCUCACGGAACGGUUCCCAGACGUGCUCUGGGAAGGCUCCGCUUCAGGAGGAGGAAGAUUUGACCCCGGCGUGCUUCAAUACUUCCCGCAGAUCUGGACUUCUGACAACACUGAUGCGGUAGAGCGCAUCCAUAUUCAGUUCGGAACCUCACUGGCAUAUCCGGCAUCCGCCAUGGGAGCGCACAUAUCUGCGACACCAAACAGCCAAAGCGGACGCAACGAAACCAUCGAGUUCAGAGCCCAUGUUGCCAUGAUGGGUGGUUCAUUCGGCCUCGAGCUUGAUCCGUCACACAUGCCCGAACAGGACAGGGCCAAGGUUCCAGACCUCAUUAGGCUUGCUGAGAAGAUAAAUCCUAUUGUCAUCCAAGGUGACAUGUGGCGCCUCAACCUACCGGAGGAGUCUGACUAUCCUGCGGCGUUGUUCAUCUCAGAAGACGGAAAAGACGCUGUAUUGUUCUACUUUCAACUCAAACCCACCAUCAACAACGGCUGGCCAGUGGUGCGUCUUCAAGGUCUUGACGCCAAAGCCAUGUACAAAGUGGAUGGCAAUCAGACGGUUUCCGGUGCAACACUUAUGAACCGAGGUGUCUCGUAUGAUUUUGAUGCUGGGUAUUCGAGUAGAGUUGUGUUUUUUGAGAAGCAAUAA